AUGAAGCGCCUCCUCCUCCUCGCCAUGCUCUGCCUCUCCCUGGCCAGCGGCCUGAAAAGGGUGCCCCUGACGCGGCGCCGCUCCCUGCGGAAGCUGCUGCGGGAGCGUGGGCAGCUCUCCCACUUCUGGAAAGCCCACGGGCUGGACAUGGUGCAGGACAGCGAGGACUGCGCUGCCUUCUCAGAAGCCAACGAGCCCCUCAUCAACUACCUGGAUAUGGAGUAUUUUGGGCAGAUCUCCAUCGGAACUCCCCCCCAGAACUUCACCGUGGUGUUCGACACGGGCUCCUCCAACCUCUGGGUACCGUCCGUCUACUGCGUCAGCAAAGCCUGUGCUGGACACGCCAAGUUCCAUCCGACACAGUCCAGCACCUACCAGGUGAUAGGGACCCCCUUCUCCAUCCGGUACGGGACCGGCAGCCUGACGGGGCUCAUCGGAUCCGACCAAGUAGCCGUCGAGGGUCUCACCGUGAGCAACCAGCAGUUUGCAGAGAGCAUCAGUGAGCCGGGAAAAGCCUUCCUGGACGCCGAGUUCGACGGGAUCCUGGGCCUGGCUUACCCCUCGCUGGCCGUGGACGGCAUCACUCCUGUCUUUGACAACAUGAUGGCACAAAAUCUGGUGGAGCUGCCCCUGUUCUCCGUCUACAUGAGCACGAACCCCGAAUCCCCCCUGGGAGGAGAGCUGCUUUUUGGGGGGUUUGACACAUCCCGCUUCACAGGGACCCUGAACUGGGUGCCAGUGACCCAGCAAGGGUACUGGCAGAUCCAGCUGGACAACAUCCAGGUGGGUGGGACAGUGACCUUCUGCGCCGACGGCUGCCAGGCCAUCGUGGACACCGGGACAUCGCUCAUCGCAGGCCCCACCAAGGAGGUCAAACAACUGCAAAACUACAUCGGUGCUGCGCCUGUGGAUGGAGAGUACGCCGUGGAGUGCAGCAACCUCAGCGUGAUGCCCGACGUGACCUUCACCAUCAACGGGCUCCCCUACACGCUCAGCGCCCAGGCUUACACCCUCAUGGAGGAAGGUGGUGGUGUGACCUUCUGCCUCAGCGGCUUCCAGGGCAAUGACAUCCCCCCUCCGGCCGGACCCCUCUGGAUUUUGGGCGACGUUUUUAUCCGUCAGUUCUACUCCGUCUUUGACCGUGGGAAUAACAGGGUGGGGUUGGCCCCUGCUGUCCCUUAGGGCUGGGGCAUCCUGUGGGGUAGGAGGGGAACAGAGCCACCAGGAUGCUGCCCUCGGGCAGGCCAGGGGAUGUCACUGCUGCAUCGGUGUCCCCAAGGGGGUGAAGACACCUGAAGAGCCCAGCAGAAGGUCAGUCCACGCCAGGACACAAUUUCACAGUGAACAUAAAAACAUCUCGAGCAGC